AAAUUAUUUUUGAACAUCUCCCAUUAAAAACAUUUAAAAUUACUUGAUUUUCUUCAAAUUGACGGGAUUUAGAUACUUAAAUUGUUAAUAACUAGGAACAUAACAUAGAUACAAAACCGAAGGAUUCACAGAAUCAAAACAAUUAACAAUAUUUAAUAAGUUUUUCACAAUUUUUUAAGAAAUUUAACAAAAAUGGAUCAACCAGAAGAGAUUUUAGAGAAAUUAGAGAGAUUUAAUGUCCAAAAGAACCCGGAAAUUACGCGAGAACUCGAUGAAUAUGUAUCUUUUGUGGCUAGAACUGGUGAAUCGGUCUUUAACUGGGCCCUUGUCAAGAAAUUGUACCGCGAGAAGCUUAUAAAUGUCAUCACUGACUUCUAUAAUGAGACACCAACUAAAGAGCUCCCACAAUACCCGAAUGUUGAUCCUUUUAAUUACGAGACUAUGAAGAAGAUGUUGAUAGAAAGACUGGAUUCAUUUAGUGCAGCACCAUUCACGAUUCAACGUAUUAGUGAAUUAUUAGCAGAUCCACGUAAACAGUAUUCAAGAAUUGAUAAAUUUAUGCGUGCCGUUGAGAAGAAUAUUCUAGUUGUGAGUACAGUCUCGCCAGGACGUAAUAGAAGCGAAGAAAGUGAAAAUGGUGAUUCACUCGAUUCCGUUGGACUAAAUGGAGAUUUCUCAUCGGACGUAAAUGUAGACAUUGAUAUGGAAAAUGAUGGAUCAUUUACAAUGACGAAAGAAUUUAAUGCGACGACAAUUCGUAAGGAACCAAGUCAUGACAUUACAACAGAAUCACAGGAAACGAUAACAAUUAAGAAAGUUGCGUCCAAAGAGGAAGAAGCGUCGACAUCAACAAUCGCACCGUCAAAUGGUGAAGCAUUGGAACCGACACAGACAGAUAUUACAAUUGAGAAUUCAUCGACAGUCACAAUCACUGUCUGUGAACCAUCAGAAGAACCUAAAUCAGUAAUUGAGGAACCAACAGUUAUUAAAACUGACGAGAAAGCUCAAGUUGAGACAAUUCAAAAGGCAGAAGAGUCUGUCAUUAAAACUGACAUACAGCAUGAGCCAAUAACACUUUUGACUGAAUCUGUUGAGCCUAAAAUUGACGAUGCACUCCUUAAUGAGCCUCUUCGUCCUGCGGACGAUGAAAUUUUGCCUGAAAAUCCCGAAACAACGCCAUUGGCAGCUCUCGAAAAUAUUGUAGCUAAUCGAGUCGAGGUUGUCGUGGAAGUUACGCCUCGUAUUGAGGAACAAAUCUUACCAAAACAGGAUGUUGUUGAGCCUAAAAUUAAUGACAUUGAAGUGACACCAAAAGAAGUCGAAAAGGAAGUUACAGAACCAGAACAAAAGGCUGAGAAUGUUCCUGAAAUUGAAAGCAUGCCAACAGAUGAUGAUUCAGGCAUUGAAGCUAAAAGAAUAAGGAUUGAAUCAAUUGAAAAGGUAUCGGAAGCAACGAAUAUAGCUGAGGAACCAAAAAUAGCUGCUGUAACUGUUGAUGAAAGUGCUGAAGUCAUUAAAGAGCCUGCGGAGGUUCAGCUUGAAUUAAAAGCAGUGGAAUUAGUUCCUGAAAGUACAGAAAUUCCAGCUAUUGACGAGCCAAUCACAGUAAUUGAGCCAGUCGUUGAAGUUAAGGAAAUUGAGGAUAUUCCAGUUGCAGCAGAGCCAAUAAUUGAAACAAAAGAGCCAGAAUCAAUUCCAAGUCCUGUUAUUGUGGAACCAACAGUCAUCAUAGAAAAGCCAUUAGUUCCAGCAGCCGUUGAAGGUGAAAUGGAAGCAGUCCCAAUCAAUACUGAGAAUAAUAUGGAAGAUGACAUAAGUCCAGCACAAAUCCCACAGAUUCAACAAGAGAUUCCCGAAAUGGAAAUGGCACAAACAGCCAACAAAAUGGAUACAGACGAUAAUGAAGGUGAAAAUGUUUUAAUGGAUACGGACGAAACAGAAGAACCGAUGGAUCAGUAA